CCCCAACCGUCCGCCGUGUUCAGUCAGUCCCCACCAGUCAAUCCUUUAUCCUCCACUUUUCUUCUACUUUUCUUCUACUCUUCUCCUCGUCUUCUCUUCUCUCUCUUCGAUUGUCCACCACCAUCUUUGGCAUUGAGAGUAAAGAUAUCUUAACAGGUGUCUCAUCCGUCACCAUGUCGGCCAAGGUAGACACCCGCCCUAAGGCUACCGACUCCAAGAAGGUCCAUAUCGCCGAUACACCUUUGACUCGCCAGAACUGGUACAAGCAUGUCAACUGGUUGAACGUCUUCCUCAUCUUGGGAAUUCCGGUCUAUGGCUGUAUUCAGGCUUUCUGGGUGCCAUUGCAGCUCAAGACUGCCAUCUGGGCUGUCACCUACUACUUUUUCACCGGUCUCGGAAUCACUGCUGGAUACCACCGUCUCUGGGCUCACUGCUCCUACUCCGCUACCCUUCCGCUCCGUAUCUGGCUCGCCGCCGUUGGAGGUGGUGCCGUCGAGGGCUCCAUCCGUUGGUGGGCUCGUGACCACCGCGCUCACCACCGUUAUACCGACACCGACAAGGACCCCUACUCGGUCCGCAAGGGUCUCCUCUACUCCCACUUGGGAUGGAUGGUCAUGAAGCAGAACCCCAAGCGCAUUGGCCGUACCGAUAUCACCGACUUGAACGAAGACCCCGUCGUUGUGUGGCAACACCGCAACUACCUCAAGGUCGUUUUCGGGAUGGGUCUGGCUGUUCCCAUGCUGGUUGCUGGUCUCGGUUGGGGUGACUGGUGGGGUGGCUUUGUCUAUGCUGGUAUCCUCCGCAUUUUCUUCGUCCAGCAGGCUACCUUCUGCGUCAACUCCCUUGCCCACUGGCUGGGUGAGCAACCCUUUGACGACCGCAACUCCCCCCGUGACCAUGUGAUCACUGCCUUUGCCACCCUCGGCGAAGGCUACCACAACUUCCACCACGAAUUCCCCUCCGACUACCGCAACGCCAUUGAGUGGCACCAGUAUGACCCCACAAAGUGGACCAUCUGGAUUUGCAAGUCGUUGGGUCUGGCCUAUGACCUCAAGAAGUUCCGCUCCAACGAGAUUGAGAAGGGCCGUCUGCAGCAGUUGCAGAAGAAGAUUGACCAGAAGCGUUCCAGACUCGACUGGGGUGUUCCUCUGGACCAGCUCCCUGUUCUCGAGUGGGAUGACUAUGUCGAGCAGGCCAAGAGCGGCCGUGGCCUCGUUGCCAUUGCCGGUGUUGUACACGACGUGACUGAUUUCAUCAAGGACCACCCCGGUGGCAAGGCCAUGAUCAACUCCGGUAUUGGCAAGGACGCUACCGCCAUGUUCAACGGUGGUGUCUACUACCACUCCAACGCCGCCCACAACCUGCUCUCCACCAUGCGGGUAGGUGUGAUCCGCGGUGGCUGCGAAGUCGAGAUCUGGAAGCGCGCUCAAAAGGAGAGCAGCGACUAUGUCCGGGAUGCUACCGGACAGCGUAUUGUCCGGGCUGGCGAGCAGGUGACCAAGAUCCCUGAGCCCAUUCCCACGGCCGAUGCCGCAUGAUUUCGUUAUCUCAUCUAUAUAUAUGUGACGAUUUUAUCUUCACGAUCCCUUGUAUCAUUGUUUGUUUGCACUCAUGGCGUGUUUGUGUAUUGGGAUGGAGUUUCAUUCGGCGUUGGUUGGCACAUAACGAUUGAGAAAACGCAUGUUCGGACACUGUCCCAAAAAAGCCGUGGAUUAGAUAGUUAAUCUUGAUGACGCUACGUAUAUGACCUUUUUUUACAAUCUCCGU